UUCUGUGAACUGUGAAGGAGCUUCUUGCCCAAUUGUCACUUGUCAGUGAACCCACGUAGCGGCAUGCUCUUCACAGCGCUCCGCUGCAAUAUCUCCGGUAGGCUACUUACCAGUUCCACAUUCAAUCCCGUCAAACACCUCUCUUCCUCUUCUACGUCCAUUCAUUAUCCCCAAUUACCCAACCAGUGGUCAGGUCUGCAGAGCUGGAGACAUGGGACUCUGAACCACGACCGUUUUUGGGGACCCAAUGGACCGACGGUUGAACCACCGUUGCCGGAAAUCUCUGAAGAAGAAAGCUUUGGGUCGUACCCGGUCGACUCAGGAUCUUCUCUGGCCGAAAUUGGCGCCGUGGUUCUCUCUACUCCCGACCCGCUCAAGAAAUCAAUGCUUUCCCACUUGGGUUAUUGCAGGUGGCGUGAAAAUGCACUGCCCAUCGGAGUCUUUGAACCCCCGGCUAAGCCUGCUAGACCUUCAAUUCCCAAAGUGGUUUCACCAAAGCAAAUCCCGUCUCACAAACAAUUGGGUUUACCUCUUAACGCAUAUAUGCUGCAUAACCUUGCUCAUGUGGAGCUAAAUGCCAUUGAUUUGGCAUGGGACACUGUUGUUCGUUUUUCACCCUAUCAUGAGCUUCUAGGUGAUGGAUUCUUUGCUGAUUUUGCUCAUGUGGCAGAUGAUGAGAGCCGCCAUUUUGCUUGGUGUUCACAGAGAUUGGCUGAGCUAGGGUUCAGCUAUGGUGAUAUGCCCGCUCACAAUCUCCUAUGGAGGGAGUGUGAUAAGACAUCUGGUGACGUUGCUGCACGCCUGGCAGCUAUUCCGCUAGUCCAGGAGGCUAGAGGUCUAGAUGCUGGUCCUCGGCUGGUGCAAAAAUUGAUUGGCUUUGGAGACCAUAGGACUGCCGACAUUGUGGAUAGAAUAGCGACUGAAGAAGUAGCACAUGUGGCAGUUGGUGUAUACUGGUUUCUUGCUGUUUGUCAGAAAAUGAAUCGCCCACCUUCCACUGCUUUCAAAGACUUGUUGGAGGAGUAUGAUGUGGAGUUGAAAGGACCAUUUAACUAUUUGGCUAGAGAUGAAGCAGGGAUCCCAAGGGAAUGGUACGAUCCUUUGUCAAUAAAGAAACAAGAAGAUCAAACUCAGCUUUCUGAGGUGUAUGACAGACUGGCAUGCAUAAUA